AUGCAAGUGCUCAUGACUAUGUCUCUGCAGCAUUUCCAUCAUGGAUCUCAUAGGAAACUUCGUAAGCAGAGACAAUUUCAAGAAAACCCCAUUGCGCAUGGGGAAGCAGAACGCGAAAGUGACAACCGAAAGCCGAAAACAACAUAUCGCACUCGUUCGUAUUUGAACACUGCAAGGAAAAUGGGUCGUAGUUUAAAUAACACUGGCAACAUGGCGACUGAGCCGUUUUCUGGCAGCAUUUGCGACCAGUACCAGCAGCAAGUUUGUGCUGCUUUUUUUGACGCAUGA